AAAAGCCAUAGAGGGCAGCGGAGGAGGAGGAUCAUUUUAGGGCCUCCCGUGUUUCUCGCGCCCGCCAGGGGCACGUGGGCCUGCCUGGGGCCUUCCGUUGGAGGAGCGGAAGGAGGGGCUGCGCGCGCGCCUUACCUGAGCUGCCCAGGUGAGCCACUCAAGUGAACGCCCUCCUCGGCCCCCACGCUCACCUGGGCGCUUCCGAGCCUCACGGAGCGGCCAAUCGCAGGCCAGGGUUUUUCGCUCGCCGCCCUGGCAACGGAGCGCCGCCGCCGGGGAACGAGAGGGGAGAAGGAGGGAAGGAGGGCAAAGGGAGGCACGCUCGCCCCUUCCUUCCUUCCACGCCGACACCGCUUUCUUCGCGUUGCUGGCACAGAUAUGACCAUUUUAUGAAGUAUCUAACUACCUCUAUGAAUAAAGAAUAGCAUCAUUGGAAGCACUUGCAUACGUGGACAAGUGGAGGGUCGACGUGAUGGCUUACAUAAGGCUCCUAAGACGAUACACAGUGAAACAUUUGUCCCACUGGAAACUUUGGAAGUUUACCUUCGUUAUUUUUAUCUUCUUGAUAUUUGUGUUUCUGCUACAAAGAGAAGUUGGCAUUCAGGAUUUUAAUGAGGAGCCUGGGAGCCCAUCAAAAGAUGGAAAGAUUAAUAAUGUACUGGGUCUAGUAUUAAAAGCUGUGAACAAUAUUAAAGUUGCAAAGCCAAAAAUGCAGAUUAAAGCGCCUAUUAGGCAAACUCAAAAGGCAGGGCAGAAGCGCUGUUUACCUGGAUCCUAUACAGCAGCAGAGCUGACACCUCACCUGGAUCGACCCCCUCAGGACUCUAAUGCUCCAGGGGCUUCUGGUAAACCAUUCAAAACGGUCAAUUUAAGUCCAGCUGAGAAGAAGGAAAAAGAACACGGGGAUGAAAAACAUUGUUUCAAUGCUUUCGCAAGUGACAGGAUUUCCUUACACCGGGAUCUUGGACCAGACACGCGACCUCCUGAAUGUAUCGAGCAAAAGUUUAAACGCUGUCCUCCACUACCUACCACAAGUGUUAUCAUAGUUUUCCACAAUGAAGCAUGGUCUACUCUUUUAAGAACAGUUCACAGUGUAAUGUACACUUCCCCUGCAAUAUUACUGAAGGAAAUAAUUUUGGUGGAUGAUGCCAGUGUAGAUGAAUACUUGCAGGAUAAAUUGGAUGAUUAUGUGAAACAAUUCCAGAUAGUUAAAGUUGUCCGACAAAAGGAAAGAAAGGGGCUCAUCACUGCUCGAUUAUUAGGCGCUUCAAUAGCAACUGGAGAAACCCUCACUUUUUUGGAUGCACACUGUGAAUGUUUCUAUGGCUGGCUAGAGCCAUUGUUGGCCAGAAUCGCUGAAAACAAUACUCGUGUCGUAAGCCCUGAUAUUUCAUCUAUAGAUCUAAAUACAUUUGAAUUUAUGAAACCUUCUCCUUAUGGUCAAAACCAUAAUAGAGGGAAUUUUGACUGGGGUUUGUCCUUUGGAUGGGAAUCUCUUCCUGAGCAUGAAGGCAAGAGAAGGAAAGAUGAAACGUAUCCUAUUAAAACGCCCACUUUUGCAGGGGGCCUCUUUUCAAUAUCAAAGGACUACUUUUACAAAGUUGGAAGCUAUGAUGAAGAAAUGGAAAUAUGGGGAGGAGAAAAUAUAGAAAUGUCUUUCCGAGUGUGGCAAUGUGGGGGUCAGCUGGAAAUCAUACCUUGCUCAGUUGUGGGCCAUGUAUUUCGCAGCAAGAGCCCCCAUACCUUUCCAAAAGGGACUCAAGUGAUCACCCGUAAUCAAGUUCGUCUUGCAGAAGUCUGGAUGGAUGAAUAUAAGUAUAUAUUUUACCGGAGAAACACAGAAGCAACAAAAAUAGUUAAACAAAAAACAUUUGGUGACCUCUCAAAAAGAUAUGAGUUAAAGCAACAAUUACAAUGUAAAAACUUUACGUGGUACCUUAGCAAUGUUUAUCCUGAGGCAUAUGUACCCGACUUGAAUCCUCCAUUAUAUGGAUUUAUAAAAAAUGUUGGGAGAAGAACAUGCCUGGAUGCUGGAGAAAAUAAUAAUGGUGGCAAGCCAUUGAUUAUGUAUACAUGUCACGGGCUUGGAGGAAACCAGUACUUUGAAUAUUCUGCACAUCAUGAAAUUAGACACAACAUCCAGAAAGAGCUGUGCCUGCAUGCUUUAGCAGGAGAAGCACAGCUUCAUGACUGUGACUACAAAGGGAAGAACAGCAGAACCCCUCCAGAAGAGAAAUGGGAGCUCCGAGAGGACCAGUCGUUGUACAACGCAGCCUUAAAGAUGUGCCUGACAGGAAAUAAAGAACAUCCAAGCUUGGUGCCGUGUAACCCCUCAGAUGUCUUCCAAAAAUGGAUUUUUGGCCGAAACAAUUAAGUACUGGCAAUUAGGAGGUGUUUUAAACGGGAACUGUAUCUCCUUCAAAAUUAUCCAGGUUUAACUUAAAUUAUGCAAGGUCAUCUUAUCUGUAAAAAAAAAAAAAAUUAAAGCAUUUUUACAUCAAAAUUAAAAUGCACAAUUUAGCUGGCAAGAAAUCCAAGGAAUACUUAGGUUUCUUGAUUCUUAAAAAAAUGUUUACAAAUAUUGGAAAUUAUAUUUCCAGUAAAUAUAUUUUUGUAAAACCUCUGUCUUUAAGACACAAUUCUCAGUGGUUUGGGGAUAGUUUGUAAAGGUUUUACAUACAUGCAUUCCCAAACACAUUCUGGUCAAUAACUGAAGAAACUUGUUGAUAGAGGUUACGGGAGAUGAUUUUUUUUGUAUAUUAUCUGAAAAAUAGAGUGCCUUAUAGGUGUUCUUUAUAAUUUAAACUGUGACAGCUUUCCUUAAAUGACCACCCCUGGUUUACACAUUGAUCUAGUUGGCUCAGUGUUUAUAGCAAGAAAUAUCUAUGAAGUUUAUCAAUUUUUCUCAAACUAUGAAGUUCUAUUACCACUCCAAUGAAUAAUACGUUCUUGGUGUUAGCCCCUUGCAAACUGGUUGGGUCUCUAUAUGCUGCAGUUUUUGGUGUUCUGUUGUUCAUUAUGCUUAUCAGUGAUGAGCUUUGUAUGUUUAAGAUUUCUUAAACUGAUUACAAAAUUGUUCUCUUUUGGUUGAAAAGGUGUUUAUUGCUUCUCCUGAUACAUCACAUUACUUGCUUCUUAGACAAUUCUGGCAUCUCUCAUAUUUUUUUUUCUAUUAUGUAUGGGUUCCAAGUUUCCAUAUCUCUAAAUCCUAUUUUCCUCUUUCAUGUGUUCAGAAUUCAAAACAUGACCCUUUUAAUUCAAAACUAUUGCAAAACAUUUUAAGUAACUGGUGUCUUUCAUCAGAAAUUUGUAAUGUUUUAACUGAACCUGCUGGGUUUAGCGUUAGGAUUAUUUGCUUUCUACAUGCAAGGAAUUUUAACAAAAUAUCUUACUAGUUGCACAUUCUGUGAUUAAACACCUUAAUUAAGAGUCAGUAUUCAGAACUUUUUGCUGCUUAGUGUGAUGGGUCAACAAUGCUGAGAAAAAUAGAGGGGUUUUCAAGUACAAUGCCAUGUAAACUCACGGAUUUUUCACUCGUGCACCUAGAUUAUUCCCACACACCUUCCACAAUUCUGCUCCAGAGGGUUGGGGAGAGCCCCUAGAACAGAUUUAGGGGGCAUGCUGGGGAGGAGAACAUUACAUUGUGAUAGAAUCAGAUAAUUGGCAUUACAUUUGAUUCACUCUUAGCAAUUAAACCAAGAAGUUGCAAAUAAAAGCUCACUCUUUGUGGAUAAUUCCUCUAGCAUUUAAAAGAGAGGGGACGGAUUGCAGGAAUAUAUUUGCAUUGCAGGUAUAUAUUUGCUAUUCAUUCUUAGAUUCCUGUGCUGUGUUUCAUGUGCACACAGAGACCUUACAAAUUGGCGCCAGUUCUUCUCCAUGGAGAAGUUAGAGGGUUGCCACCAGAAAAAAAAAUGCUCAUCACCACCCCAGACAUAUGUGGAAGCACUUUCUCUGCUCUUGGGGGCCUUUUUGGAUCCAGCCAAAGCAUUUUUUGUGGUCUUCAGAUCUUUUGGGUUACAACUCCCGUCAGCCCCAGCCAUCAUGGCCAAUGUUCAGGGGUGAUAGGGGGGCUGUAGUUCAAAACAUUUGGAGGACAUUAGAUUGGGGAAGGUUGUUACAGCACUUCUCAGAAGCUGAUAAAGCAGUUUUCUUUAUUUAGGUAUCUGUGGUUUUAAACAAAGAAGUGGGUGUUGUUGCCUUGCAUAUACACUAUUGAAAGCUUAUUGUUGAGAUGCUGCUUGCAUAAGCAGAGUUUUGCAAUGUGGCAGAUGGUUGAAGCAAAACUAUUGUUCUUCCUUAAAAGUAUGUUUUCUGUUUAUACAGUGGUUUUCCUCUACUUUGUUGAUUUGGUGUUUAAGUCACAAAGUUAACUACUACUUCUUCCUCCGUACUUGCAUUGCCCCAAAACUAUAAACUGAGGCUAUAAUUAUGACUUCAUAGCACUUCAACGUUAUAUUUUUAUCUUUUCCACAGCAUGCAGUUCUACUGUGUCCCUACCCCACCACCGCACUGGUCUUCCAUCUGAUUUAAACAUGAUACAUUUAACUACAGUUGUUCUAGGCUGAGUUCUUAAUUCUUCCUUGUACUCCUAAGCAUUUAUUUCAGAUAUAUGUGACAUGCUGUACAGAACGCCUCUUUAAUCUUGUUUCAUAAACGUAAUAAAAUAAAAAAUAUUUUGAUGCAAAAGCUACCCUUUGGAAUUUUGGGGUGUGUGUGCAGCUUUCUGUUUCUUUGCUUGGGUUUGAGAGUGCUCCAGUGACUUUGUAUGAUGUUCAAAGCCACUAAAAAAGGAAACACAAGAAACCUUGGCAACUGCAGCAGCACAGCCCUGGGACCAACCAGGAACAAAUGUUUGGCAGUUCUGCAGGCAAAGUGUAGCCAUGUUGGUGUAUUUGUAUUGCUCACUCUAGCAGGAGGGAGCAGGCAGCCUGAUGCGGAAUUAAUCUGGACUAUUCAGAUUAAUUACUAGAGCAUCCUUUGGACGUUUGAAAAAUGAAUCCAUUGCAAAUUACUGAGUCAGGCCCAUAGGUGCUGGCCUGUAGCCAUAACAAGGUUGCAUGCCAUCUUCUAGAAGCUGCAGCGUCUAUCAGCACCUUAUGCUCAAAUGAAUGCUCAGAUUUUUCUCUUAUUUCACCCAAUUCCUCUGUUUUUAAACUUCUUCAGCUAUCAUUUUCUAGUGCCCCCUUCCUUUAACCUGAUACCUUUUGGAGCCCUACCUCCUUUCUCGGGCCUCUGAUUCCACCAGGUUCUUUGGAAUCUGAGCAGCUCAAUUAAAGGCAGACCCAAAUACAGAAGUAAAAAAGUAGGACCACCCAUCUGUUUCUGGCAAAUGAGUUGUUCCAUUCUCCAAAGCUGUUUUCUUGCAUUCAAGUGCUUGUGAAAAAGAUAUUUGUGGUUGUUGUUUUUUGUGAUUGUGUCAGUAUGUCUCCUCCAAAGGAAGCCACAGAGCUCCAUUGAUCAUCAUUCACAGCAGAAUAAAUAGCUUGGCAGCAGAUGUUCAUGUCUUUCUCUUGCAUCAAUCCAUGUAAUCUCGUUCAGAUAAUAUAUUUUGUAAAAUGCAGCAUUCUAUUACUACAGUUGUAUCAAUCCUGUGUUAUCUUUUAUUUUAGUUAUUUCUGUUUUCAAAUUCAUUGAGACUGUAGCUAUACAAUAGCCAAAGGGAAUCAGUGAAUGGUAUAGCUCCUGAAAGGAACAUGUUAAGAGUGUAUUUAACAAGGUAAUAUUAAUUACAGGUAGGUAGCCGUGUUGGUCUGACGUAGUCAAAACAAAAUAAAAAAAUUCCUUCCAGCAGCACC